UUCAUUCAAGUGUGGAUUGGUGGUAAAACGGCAGUGGAAAUUAACACUGCUUUUUAUUGUGACAUUAUUUAAACAUACAAAGCAGAUCCACCACUCUUUUGGCGGGUGUUUGGCACUUACGACGGCGGAAUCUGUCUCGUUAACCUUCGCAGAUCUUCGUUAGCCUGGACCAUUCCUGCAGAAGAUGAGCAGCGGCCCAGAUGCCAACAAGGAGUUCACGGAGCAGCUGCGGCUGCAGGAACUCUAUGGCCAGAGAAAGGAGGACGGCUCUGACCCGUUCACCUACACCGACCCGGAGGACGGGACCGUCUAUGACUGGGACAACGAAAAGAAGGCCUGGUUCCCUAAAAUAACAGAGGACUUCAUGGCAGCCUACCAGGCCAACUAUGGCUUCACUAAGGAAGGCGAUCCAGAUGCAAACAAUGCUGCAGUGAGCGGCGCUGAAGCAGCAGACAGCAAGCCCUCGGUGAAGCAGGCAGCUGGCAAUGCCACCGAGAACCUGGACCCAGAACAGCAAGAGUCUGCGGCUAAAGAAGCCAAGCAGAAAGCGGAGAAGAGGAAAGCAGACCCAGGAUGGUUUGAUGUUGAAGACACUAAAAACACAAACGUUUAUGUGUCAGGUCUGCCCCCCGACAUCAGCACCGAAGAGUUUGCCGAAUUGAUGUCAAAGUGCGGCAUUGUGAUGCGGGACCCCAUCACUGAGGAGUACAAGGUCAAACUCUACAAGGACAAAGACGGGAAUCUGAAGGGAGAUGGCCUCUGCUGCUAUCUCAAGAGGGAGUCGGUGGCAUUGGCUAUGCGUCUGAUUGACGAGUCAGAGGUCAGAGGUUACAGACUCCACGUGGAAGUAGCACGCUUUGAGCUGAAGGGCCAGUACGACGCCAGUAAGAAAAAGAAGAAGAACAAAGAUUAUAAGAAGAAGCUGCAGCAGCAACAGAAACAGUUGGACUGGAGGCCAGAGAAGCAGGGAGAUGUGAGGAAGAGGCACGAGAAAGUUGUCAUCAUCAGGAACAUGUUCCAUCCCAGUGACUUUGAGGAAGACCCACUGGAGUUGAAUGAGUAUCGGGAAGAUUUGCGGUCAGAGUGUGAGAAGUUCGGGGAGGUCAAGAAGGUCAUCCUUUUUGAUAGACACCCAGACGGCGUGGCAUCCGUCUCAUUCAAGGAGCCCGAGCAAGCGGACGCAUGCAUCUUGUCGUUCAACGGCCGCUGGUUCGGAGGAAGGCAGCUGUCUGCUCAGCUUUGGGAUGGAACGACAGACUAUCAGGUGGAAGAGACGUCACGAGAGCGAGAGGAGCGUCUGAAGGGGUGGUCUACGUUCCUGGAGACGGAUGAGCAAGGCGAGAAGAACAACAACAACACCACCACCGACACUACCACCACCAAGCCAGCUGAGACGGGCACUGCCACAGAACCAACGGUGCCCUCCGAAACCGCGGAGCCCGAACAGCACCCAGAAACGGAACCGCAGCCCUCGCAGGAAAAGGAAAGGGAACAGGACAUGGACUCUACAGACAGCAGCAUGGCAGGAAGUGAUGAUGAAGAAGCCUAGACACUUAAAUGCACAUCUUUGGUCCCCAUGGCAGCCAAUUAGGACAAUAGUGCUCGAACUGCCGCAAAGCUCUGUGUUGAUCAGGAGGAGGUGGAGUAAUGUUGACUGUUUGAUUUGUUUUUGUAAUGUGGAAAAAUAAAAAUAUAAUUUUCUCCAUUCUAAUAUCAUCAUCUUGGUUUAUAUUGUUAUGAGACCUACACUAGAGGGCUUUUCCUUAAAUACACAGCUUUCCCUUUAUUUCAGUGUCAGUUUGAUUACAGUAUCGUAACCCUAAAAUAUGAAUGAUUUACAAAAAGAUACAUGUCUGAAACUGAAACUUGUUGGAUCUGAAAUGUAAUAGAUUGUUUAUUCAAUGCCAGUAAUUCAUUCUGAUUUGUUUUUAACAUCUGAGAUUUUAUUAGAGAUUUUUUUUAAAGUAAUGUCCCUCCUUGACACUCAUUUAUUUUUUAAAUCAGGCUUUUGAGCUUUUUUGAUUCCUCUUCUCAACCAUCUGAUUAUGUCACAGAAUCGUCCUGAAACAAAAACUCUCAAAGGAUCAGGAACCGGUUGUCCUGUGGCAUUUUAAUUGUGCCUCAUUCCUGAGCAAGAAGUUUGAGAUUUGCACCACAUGAUAUAUAUUUUAAAGGGUAAGCAAAAAUUUUGUUUGCGCCAACAAAAAUCUGUUCCAUGCUCAAAUGUAUUUGCAUGUCUACCAUUUUCCGUUUCAACUUACAAUAAUAAACCCUCUCACGCAGUUACACUCA